UAUUGUUAGCAAUCAAUCAGAAACCCCGGUCUCUUUACAAGACGCAUAGAGUAUGCGCUGAUACAAACUAAGAACAGGCAUACAUGGUGGAUUACUACUUAAACUUAACAGAACUCAUAGUAAUAGUAAUGUACUUUUAUACUAAUGUACUCGUGCAGGAUUUUCGUGAGAGAAAGCGCCAUGUUCACGGCACCGGACGACUGCAGCAUGCAAGUGUAUUAGCAUUGGUGUAGAAUCCUAUAGUUUGGGAGGCGAUGAGAUACAAAGGCUAACUUUAGUCUGCUUCCUAUAACGCCUGACAGGUUAAUAUUGCGGGCUAACGCUAACUAAUAAACUGAGAAGCUAUUCAACUAACCCAAGCACUGAGUAAAAAACUGAAUAGACGCAAUUGUGACUGUCUAAGCCUGCUGGUUCAAUAAUGCUAGCGAAUGUGCCUAUGUAAAGCAAUUAAGAUAACUAGCUAACGUUAGUUCGCCGUGGUCCUUUCAAACUUCUUCACUUUGGGUUUGGUGACGUUAGAUUACUAGCUAAGUCAAAGGGGCAAAUGCUAGGUAAAAGAGUCACUUAAUCGCAUUAAAACAUGUUUUAAAACGCUUAUUGUCAGCAUUGAAUGAUAUAUUGUGCUUGUGUGUUUUGUAUUAGAUGGCCAUCAGGUAAAAGAAGAAUAAGUUAGACUGAUUACGUUCUUCACUAACAAUUCAACCCACACGUUUUACGGCAAAUAUGUGUAGACGAGCUAUUUGAUUCUGUCCAAUGAUGAACCAAGCAUUCCGUUUUGUACUAGUAGCAUCCUGAAGAGUACUUAACGUCGUCUUCAUUAUGGCGCUGUCAAGUGUCACCAAAACUUCGUGGAAGCUCCAGGAUAUGGUGGCUCACUCAAGUAAGGUGUCUUCGCUGGUGCUGGGUAAAUCCUCAAGCCGUUUGCUGGCUACUGGGGGAGAAGACUGCAGAGUAAACAUCUGGGCUGUCAACAAACCUAACUGCAUCAUGAGUUUGACAGGUCACACUAGCCCUGUGGUGUGUGUUCAGUUUAGUAGCUCUGAAGAGCAAGUGGUGGCUGGUUCUGAAUCAGGUUCUCUGCGAGUUUGGGACCUUGAAGCUGCCAAAAUACUCCGUACAUUAAUGGGACACAAGGCUAAUAUUUGCAGUCUAGACUUUCAUCCUUUUGGGGAAUACCUUGCUUCUGGCUCUGUGGAUACUAACAUUAAGCUGUGGGAUGUAAGAAGGAAAGGAUGUGUGUUCAGGUAUAAGGGUCAUACUCAAGCAGUACGUUGUCUAGCCUUUAGUCCAGAUGGAAAGUGGCUUGCUUCAGCAAGUGAUGACGCCACAAUCAAGCUGUGGGAUCUAACAGCUGGAAAGAUGAUCACAGAAUUUACAGAACAUACAUCAGCAGUCACCGUGGUCCAGUUUCACCCUAAUGAGUACCUUCUGGCCUCAGGGAGUGCUGACAGGACAGUAAAGCUGUGGGAUUUGGAGAAAUUCAAGAUGGUUGGCUCAUCAGAGGGAGAAAGAGGACCUGUAAGGUGUGUGCUGUUCAGUCCUGAUGGCAGCUGUUUGUACAGUGGCUCAGAGGACAAUUUGCAAGUUUAUGGCUGGGAGCCAGACCGCUGCUUUGAUGUGGUGCAUGUUGGAUGGGGCAAAGUGGCUGACUUUGCAGUCUGCAACAGUCAAAUGGUUGGUGUGUCAUGCGGCCAGAUGAAUGUCAGCUUGUAUAUUGUGGAUCUCAACCGGGUGAAGAAAUCAGGAUCUUUAAUCCAAGGACUGAGUCAGGAUGAUAAGCCGCUCGCAGUGCCCACUUCUAAAGGAGCAACGCUGCGCCGUAAUUAUGAGAGACCCACCACAUCCUGCAGCAGACAAAAAAUGAAACAGAAUUCAGAUGCAGACAGGCGCAGUCCAGAGGGGGAGAGGCGUAGUCCAAGCAGUGAGGAUGAGCAUGAUGACAAGGAGAGCAGUGCAGAAAUCACAAACCCUGAUGAUUACAAAGAAAUCUUUCAGCCUCACAACGCUAUCUUACGCACUCCUCCCAAAAGAAAUGAAACCUUCCCUGCACCAGUGGAAGAUGAGUGCUUUCCUGUGAAGCCCUGUGCAGCUGGAGAGGUUACUCCAGUACAUGACAAGUCCAAGGCCCCAAAUGUCUCCUCCACUCCUGUCCUGAGAGUGGAGCCCACAGUGGUGGCCUCCAUACCAUCACAUCCUAUGUCUGUGGUAACUGCAUCUCUUGCACUGCCUUCAAGGCGUAUUGUAACUACAUCCAAACCCAAAUCAAGUCCAGCAGUUAUCCCCUCCACACGUAAUGAGCCAGUUGGGCUUAAUGUGGGUGAUUUCUUAACGCCUGCACGAAGUGGCAAGACAAGUGUCACAGCAGAUGAAGAGGCAUUGGCUCAGAUCAGAAAAGGGCAUGAAACUAUGUGUGUGAUGUUGACCAGUCGAUACAAAAACCUCGACACAGUACGUGCUGUCUGGGCUGCUGGAGACAUCAAGACUUCACUUGACUCUGCUGUUUCCAUGAAUGAUCUCUCCAUUGUGGUGGACAUUCUUAACAUUGUCAAUCUCAAACCAUCACUUUGGAAACUGGACACUUGCACCACCAUCUUGCCUCAGAUUGAAGAGCUGCUGCAGAGUAAAUAUGAGAGUUAUGUGCAAACUGGAUAUUUGUCUUUGAAACUGAUUCUGAAGCGCUUUUGGCCAUUGAUUUCAGACACACUGACUGCUCCUCCGUCUGUUGGAGUGGACAUUACACGAGAAGAGAGGCAUCAGAAGUGCAAGGCAUGCUAUAAGCAGCUAAAAAACCUCAGUAAUGUAGUCAAGAACCGGGCAGAUCAAGUCGGCCGCCAUGGCAGCAUGUUUAAAGAACUGCAGCUACUGAUGGCCCCAUUGGACUAAUUACACAUUUUGGAAUCAUACACAUGAAGCUUGGUCUGAAUAAAUACUGGGCAAAUGCAUUGACAUCUGUGUGUGACCAGUCAUUAAAGAUUUAGGCUGUUUAUGGUUAAUCAUUGUGUCUCCAGGCUAUAGGCAACAGUCCUUAAAAGUAAAAAAAAAAAAAGACCCCUAAAAUAAAUUUGCAAUGUUGAUGUUAUGUAUAAAUGUUCUUUCCCAAUAAAAUGCAUCCUUGAUCAUU